AUGUUUGGCACUGUAGAUAAAAGCCUAAAGCAAUUAUGGUUACAAGACGGAGAUCCAAGUCAAAACUCAGCAAUGGCUUGCGCAGCUAUGGACCGUGCAAACUGUGAACUUCUAAAAAUACCCCCGAGAAGUCCUGACUUAAACCCUAUUGAGAAUAUUUUUAAACUAGUUUCAGACGCAUUGCGUAAGCAAGCGAUAAGGUCGCAAAUCACGAAGGAAACAUACGAGGAAUUUAAAAAUAGAGUUGUCUUUACAAUUCAAUCUUUACCCCCAGAAGUAAUAAAUAACACAAUUGCCUCAAUGCCAAAUCGCGUGAAAGAAAUCGUUAAAAGGAAAGGACAGCGUUUAAGAUUUUAG